GGUGAUGCAAGGUUGAGUCCUCAGCUGGCUGAGGUAAACACUGUAGCCAUUGUUGUCACCUGCAUCAUUAAACUCUCCUGUGCAGUCUUAUAACAGUGUUGCUCCUCGCCAUUGAUCAUUUCCGGAGAAAUGGCAGAUCAAGACAUCUUAACUACUCUGAAAAUCCUCAUAAUUGGUGAGAGUGGCGUCGGAAAGUCGAGCCUCUUGUUGCGGUUCACUGAUGACACUUUCGACAUUGAGCAGAGUGCAACCAUCGGGGUAGACUUCAAGGUUAAGACAAUUACAGUGGAUGGCAACACAGUAAAACUUGCCAUAUGGGACACAGCAGGACAGGAAAGAUUUCGCACCCUGACGCCAAGUUACUACCGAGGGGCACAAGGCGUGAUCCUUGUGUAUGAUGUGACCAAGAGGAACACCUUUGCCAAGCUGGACAUGUGGCUCAAUGAACUAGAGACUUACUCCACUCGCACAGAUAUUGUCAAGAUGCUGGUGGGGAAUAAGAUUGAUAAGGAGAAAGUUGAGGUCAGCAGGGAAGAUGGACUGAAGUUUGCCCGUCGUCAUGCCAUGCUGUUCAUUGAAGCCUCAGCCAAGACCAGAGAUGGAGUGCAGUGUGCCUUUGAGGAACUGGUACAGAAGAUCGUUCAGACGCCGGGGUUGUGGGAGAUGGACCACCGGCCUCAGGGAAGUUUCAGUGUCACCAACCAGAGGGACGACAUGGACAACUACUGCAGCUACUGUUCUGUGCUCUAAGGGCCUCUUGCACACGUCAGUGAGCUUGUUAUUGUACCGUUGGCUGUUUUGUGACAAUAGGUGCAUUAUGUCUACUCAGAGGAGGCACUGUUGUUAAAGGGGACCUUAUCAUUUUUGCAUUUUUUAAAAGUUUGGAGGAAUGAUGUGUGCAGCUCACAGGCCCAGUGGCUCAGAGGCUUAUUCAAUGCAUAGUUGUGGUGGGUCUCGAGUCCCUGAGGUGGGGAUGGGAGGGGCAGUGUUACUCAUAUUAGGCUUUUGUACACUCCGUUUUAAUUUCAGUAACAGAUAAUCAAGGUGCUCAGUACUCUGAGCUGCACAACCAUGUCAUUAUAUGUAUGGAUCUGAAAAGUUAGGGUUGCUUAGUACCAGUGAAUUCAGGUACAUAUUUAAAUAUAAAUAUUUGAUGAGGAUGUACAGUUUAUCAUAGGGAUCAGUAACAAGGUGCAGUAUGUUGAUUUUUACUUAGGUGUUUAUUGAUGUUCCAGACUUCCUUUUUAGUUUAUAAUUCUGAAUUUUGUAUCUUUUGUAAACAUUUCUAGCAUUUUCUUUUAAAGCCCAAAACUCUUCAAGUGUCAUUGCAACUUUGAGUAUGUUUAACACAAAUUGAUGUUUUGAGAAGUGGUAAUGAUGUUUCCUUAAGAGUUUUGUAACAUACCUGGUGAUUAAGGACUCUAUUAACUAACCAUAUAUUUGGCAGGAUCUGUGUCCUACAUAAUAUUAUAUACUUGAAGUAUUUGUAAUCACAUGUCUCACUGAGGCAAACAGCAAUGACAGUGUACAGCAAAGGUUGAUAUAGUCCUUUGCACACACACACACACACACACACACACUACCACACAGCUCACUAGCUCAGUGGAAAUGUCCUUGCCUAUCAUUUGUUAGGUUGAGGUCCAUACCCUGUUCAGGAGUAGGUUUUGUCCUUCCUGAGCAGGAGGAUAGAGUGCAUUGUGUAAAAGGUCUCAGCCUUACUAUCUCUGGUAGAGUAAUAGCUGGUGACCAUAAGUCAAGUCCAGCUUGUGAUCCUCAAGUCACUAGGAAGAAUUACACACACACACACACACACACACACACACACACACACACACACACACACACAGUGACAGCUGUGUGCUUUACUUGCUGACGCAGGGGCCAUGAGGUUUAGCAGGAGUUGGUGGAUGUAUAAUAACUUAUUUAAAAGAUAUCUUUUAUUAUAUGUUAUUGAUAUAUAUAUAUAUAUAUAUAUAUAUAUAUAUAUAUAUAUAUAUAUAUAUAUAUAUAUAUAUAUAUAUAUAUAUAUAUAUAAUUUUCAACAAAAGAUACAUAUAAAACAAAACUAAAAAUAAAUACAAGGUAUAAAUCUUUUGACUUCAACAACAAAUUGUAUACUAAAGUUCUCACUCCUCUUUAUUUGUUGCAACUAGGUGUAUUCUUUGCACUGGAUGGUAUGCCUACAUGUAAUCAGUCUUUGUUCCCCACCACAUAGUGAUACAAUGUAAGUGAUCUUAAUAAAUGUAAUAAAUGUACAGUUCAGGCCAGAACUUGCCCAUAAAGCUUCUGGCAAGAUAGGUUAGGUAAAAAAUUUCCUGUACAGUGGGUAGUGUGGAAGUGACUCGUUACUCACUGUUUACUGACGGAAAAAAUGUGAUGAGAUUAAAAAUAAAUGCUCCAGGAAUGUAGCUAACUGAGAUAAGGUAGUGCCAUUUUUUUCUUCUUUUUGCAUAGCUUAAAUGUGGCACUGCACUCAACAACAGGCAAGGCAGUCCAUUGUAUAAAACAUUUCUGUGACUUCCACUUGCAGAUGACCGACCACUUGACGUGAAUGAAAUGUGAGACAGAAAUCAAAUAGUACUAUCUCAUUUUUGUAACAAUAAAAUUCAACAAAAUAAAGCAAGUUUAUCAAAAAAUGACCAGUGUAGGUUAUUUAUUUACUCUGAUUACUUUGGUGAAUUUUGCCCUUUACUAGCACAGUCAAGGGCAGGCCUCUGCUGGUGCCAAGACACUUGGCAGACCCUCCCUUCAUGCUUAAUUGUGUGAGUGUUAUGGUGGGAGCUUUAUAAAAUUAUGUACAGCUAUAUAAAAUUUCAUAUAUGAUUAAUAUCUCGUGGAAGACCUACUAAGAGAGAGAGAGAGAGAGAGAGAGAGAGAGAGAGAGAGAGAGAGAGAGAGAGAGAGAGAGAGAGAGAGAGAGAGAGAGAGAGAGAGAGAGAGAGAG